AUAAAAAGUCGGGUCUCGAUAUUGCGACUAGUGUGUCUCCUUUUUUAUAUAUAUUCACUCACACCCUCCUCCCGCAAAGUCAGUUCUAUACAAAUUCCCUCGUUCGCCCACAUUGACUCAUCAAUACUAGUCUACCGGCAAACUUCUGGCUUUGUUUCGUUAUCAAACUCCAAUCCAUUACACCAAAAAGCCUUUUUGUUCCCUCAACCCAAAAUCGAGUAACUAUCGAUUCUCUGAUAUCAGUGGAGCAAACCUGCCCUGCGUUUUACACUGCUACGGGCUCAAGCUAAGCAACUCACUUGCAAAAUAUCCAGCCCUUUCCAAGGCGCCAACACUGCGUUCUGAGACCUACGGUUUAAAAUCCACCAUGAAGGCAUCACCAUACCCCGAGUCCAGGGUUGGCUCAAAUUUUGAUGAUAUUGUGUCCUCUGCCGCGCCAACAACAUCAAAUUACGCCCAAGAUCUCUCUCCAUAUAGUAACUCGCCGUUUAGCUACACCACACCUUCCAGAGAGCACACUCCAGCCUCGAGUGCCCCUUCACCUCCGUUUGAUGACAAGAGCCCUGGACAUUACGCCUCUCUGCAGCCGCCUGUUACACAUUCAUAUUAUCCAUAUGUCGGACCCGUCGCAACUCAAGCACAAUCACUCCUCUCCAUCAGCGCACCUCCGGUCAGUGAAAGCCACUUUGAAACCCAGAUGGCUGAUUACAUCAGCGCCUCGCCCUCAGUGCCAUACUUUGGUCACUUUUGCGUCUCGGAAGUAUCUGCAGAUGUAAAUCGCAAUGCUCAACUCAGAGACAGAUAUGCAUUCCCAUCCGCAGUUAUGGAAACCAUGCAAACCGGGGAGCAAGAAAUGUUCAACCCAAACACAUCCAACCAACCCCAAUAUCGGACACCAAGGAGCCAUAUUGGUGAUACCCACACAGCAUACUCUCCAAUGCCUAGCAACAACAUGCCGUCCCAGCAGCAAGACUCAAAGGCAGGAAAACGGCGCAGCGCGGCAGCACGAACAGCACGGGCACGACCUGCAGCUGUCAGGCGGCGGAGCAUGGCUGUCCGUGCAAAGGAUGCUUCACCAAUCAGGUCCAGAGGAUCAAACAAGACCGGCGAGGCUUCCUCGAGCUCAAAAUCUUCCAUGAAGCCCACUCUUCAGCUCAGAGACGAGGCAAGGGAAGAAGAAAAGGUCCUCAUGGAACUUCGCCGAGAACUCUCAGAUGACAAAGGCAAGGGGAUGUGGGAGGAGAUCACCAAAAGGUACAUCAGCAUAUACGAGUACAUCGAAAGGUCUGCGCUCCAAAUGAAGCUUACCCGGGCGAUCAAUGCUCACUGUAUCUGGCCACAAGAAGAGCUUGAUCUUCUUGUCGAAGCGUAUCGUGUCGAUAAUGAGCAACGAUAUAACCGCAUCAUCCAAUGGAUGUCAGAACAUGGAGGCUGCAAGGUUUGGCCGUGGAGGCCAAAACACAUUGAAGCACAGCUGGUCAAGCUCGGACUCGAAGAGCCAGAACUUCACAACCAAGAGAGGUCACGCAGGAGGGCAACAAACGCGCGCAAGAAGAACACUUCACAGGCCGUCGCCGUCAUCAACCGCGAUCCGGCGGGCAACGGAGACGUCACCACCUGGGUCAAGGUGAUCCCGGCACAGGCCACCGUCGACUUCAACACCCCUCCGUACCAGCAGCCGCCCGUGUCUCAACCCUUUCAUCAGCGGAGUAACGGGUUCGCAGGGCCCAAGAAGUUGUCACCACACCCGCUGGACACUUCAGUCGGCGGCCAGGAGGUCGUCGACCACCACUUCUUCAGCAACGAGGCCCGCGACAAGCUGCUCGACCAGAUUGAGCAGAAAUACUAUCCUGAUCCUGAUGACACACCUACCACGUCUCAAUCUGCAGAAUUCCUCGAACAUGUCAAGAUGGAAACUCAGAGCCCAGUGGAAACAAGGCAAGGCCCGGGUUUUCAUGCCAACAUGGCGAUGAGAAGCAGUCAGCAGCACGGCAGCGGCCAGCAUCACGGUAACAAUCUGCCCUCGAAGACGGAGUAUUAAUUCGCUCUUUUGCUCAUUUUAUAAACUCUACUUAUGUUCUGGCUUUUUGUUUACUUAGAUUGGACUGGUCAUGCUUUGCUUGGGUUGCAUUUUUGUUCAGAUUUACAAUGAUUCCCUUUCAUUUUUAUGGUUUCUUAGCCAAUGAUAGACUAGGUACUCGGUUUAGGUUGGGCGGCUCGUUUCUGAUUUUUCUCCUUAUGUGGUAAUGUCUCUAGGUGGCCUUUGUCUGUUUCAGUCUUUAUUUUUGCCGUUGAAAGCUAGCUCUGGGUUUAUGGACGUUUAUCUUUGUCAAUAAAAGGAAACUGUUACAUGC